GGAGGUCGUUCUGUGGAGGGAGGGGGCCGCUGUGGCCCGGGGUACAGCUCUCUCGCGGGGGGCUGCUUGGUUUCCGACUAUGGGGAAGGAUCAGGAACUGCUGGAAGCUGCUCGCACUGGGAAUGUGGCUCUGGUGGAGAAACUCCUCUCUGGGAGGAAAGGAGGGAUCCUUGGCAGUGGAUCUGGAGCUAUCCCCUUAUCCAGCUUACUGAGCAUCUGGCGAGGACCAAACAUAAACUGCACAGACAGUUCAGGUUAUACUGCUUUACAUCAUGCAGCUUUAAACGGACACAAGGAUAUAGUUCUCAAAUUACUUCAGUAUGAAGCAUCAACUAAUGUGGCAGAUAAUAAGGGUUAUUUUCCUAUUCACUUGGCUGCUUGGAGAGGAGAUGUAGAUAUUGUGAAGAUUCUCAUCCAUCACGGACCAUCACACUCCCGAGUGAAUGAACAGAACAAUGAAAAUGAAACAGCACUGCAUUGUGCAGCUCAGUAUGGUCAUUCAGAAGUUGUUGCUGUUCUGUUGGAAGAGCUGACAGACCCUACAAUAAGGAACAACAAACUGGAAACACCUCUGGAUCUGGCAGCACUUUAUGGACGUCUACGUGUUGUAAAAAUGAUCAUUAAAGCAUAUCCAAACCUGAUGAACUGUAAUACAAGAAAACACACUCCUUUGCAUCUUGCUGCACGUAAUGGCCACAAAGCUGUCGUACAGGUGCUUCUGGAGGCUGGAAUGGAUGUCAGCUGCCAAACAGAAAAAGGGAGCGCACUACAUGAAGCAGCCCUAUUUGGAAAGGUGGAGGUAGUACGCAUUUUGCUUGAAACAGGAAUAGAUACCAGCAUAAAGGACAGUUUGGGUAGAACGGUUUUGGAUAUACUUAAAGAACAUCCAUCUCAGCAGUCACUUCAAAUUGCAGCUCUACUUCAAGAAUAUAUGGAAACAGGAAAUGCAAGUAUUUCAGAGGAACGCCCACUGGAAUGCGCAGAACGUCAGUCUUGCAUUUUGUCCCCAGAAGUUCCUCCAUCUCCAAAGGCUAAAAGUGAAGCUGUGACUGGAGAAUUAUCAAAGCUCUUAGAUGAAAUCAAAUUGUGCCAAGAAAAGGAAUACUCUUUUGAAGAUCUGUCUCAUACAAUAUCAGACCAUUAUCUGGAUAAUUUUAGUAAAGUAUCAGAGGAAGAACUUAUGACCAGUGGAAGCCAAACCAAGCUUAAUGUAAGGCCUUCUUCAAUGCGUUUAUCACCAAGGGAGGAAGAUGAUGAUGAUGCAGGUGAAAAUACAUGUGGUCCUUCAGGUUUAUGGGAGGCAUUGACACCGUGUAAUGGAUGCAGGAACCUCGGAUUUCCCAUGCUUACACAGGAAUCUUAUUCAAAGAAGAGAGGUUAUGCAUUGGAAGCAAUAUCCUCUGUACCUCUGGAUGCAGUUCCUUCAGAAAAUGACAGCAGUCAUUGUGAUUCGAUAGACGUAGCAGUGACCAAAAAGCCUUGUUCCCUAGAGAUAGCAAGAGUUCCUUCCUCAAGACCAGAUAAUGCACCUCAGGUAGCAAUUACCGCACCAGGAUCUGGUAACCAUAGAAACAGCUCUACAGGCCCAACACCUGACUGCUCUCCUCCAUCACCAGACACUGCACUUAAAAACAUAGUGAAAGUUAUACGUCCUCAGCCCAAGCAACGUACAUCCAUAGUAUCUUCUCUGGAAUUUCACCGAAUGAAUCACAGCCACGAUUAUUUUGAAAUCAACUCAUCCAUUGGCUGUGCAAGUUUUAUUUCUACUCCUGCAAUCAGUCCAGCUAAUUAUUCCUUUGGACCUCUGGAAUACAGUCUUGAAGAGAAAGAACUUCCAGAGCAACUUUGCCAGCGUGAAACAUCCACUGAAAGUGAGUUUCCAGAAGGACACCCCGCUGAGCAGUUUGCAGGUUUACUUCAUGGAUCAUCACCUGCAUGUGACCCACCUGAAAAUCCACUCCAGCUGUACAGCAAAGUAAACCUGUGCAGUGGUCCGCUAGAGAAAAGCAUUUUGAGCAAGAGCACAGUGCAGCAGAUACAGCUACGAAAAGAAAGCAGCUCUGAUCCUCCUGUUAAGAAAAAAAAACCACCAAUUGUAAACAGAACCAUAUUUCAUACUAAAAAUAAACCAGUAGAAAAUCAUACACUGGUUGGUGCCCCAAGGAUAAGUGAACAAUGGGAUAUUAGCACUGGGGGAUUUGUGGAGCGAGCAUGCACACUUGGGAGAAUACGAUCCUUACCGAAGACUUUGCUUGAAAUGCAUCUGUGCAAAAAUGUUUCUAAAUCUGAUUCUAAUCUUAUCACCCGUCCACCAAAUGACAAAAAAGCAAGAAGCAAUUGGAGUGAACCCACACCAAAUCAACAGUGCUCCAAAGGGAAUUCAGAGAGAACACCUUCUUUCACAUCAGAAUGGGAAGAAAUUGAUAAAAUCAUGAGUUCAAUAGAUGCUGGAAUUAAUACUGGACUGGGGGAGAUGAGUGAUCACACUACAAGACCCCGAUGCCCUGUCCAGACAGUGGGACAAUGGUUGGAAAAUAUUGGGCUACCUCAGUAUGAAAACCACUUGCUGGCUAAUGGAUUUGACAAUGUGCAAUUUAUGGUAAGAAAUCUUCUGUGCAUAGCUGU